AUGGCCGUCCUUGAGGAUUUCACAACUGUCGAGUCCUUGAUGUUCGAUCUAGAAACACUUCAAGCUGCCACUAACUUCUUUUCGGAUGAUCUGAAGCUUGGCGGAGGAGGAUUUGGCGUUGUCUAUAAGGGAACCCUUCCGAAUGGAAAUGAUAUAGCAGUAAAAAGGCUAUCUAGGAUCUCUGAACAAGGGAUAGAAUCGUUUAAGAACGAGGCUAUAUUGAUAGCCAAGCUUCAACACAAAAAUCUGGUUAGACUUUUGGGAUUUUGCUUAACAAGAGAGGAGAAACCUCUUGUGUACGAAUACAUUCCUAACAAAAGCCUUAACUAUUUUCUAUUUGAUCCUAGAAAACAAGGAGAACUGGACUGGCCUACACGCUACAAUAUCAUCACAGGCAUUGCUCGAGGAUUACUUUAUCUCCAUGAAGAUUCUCGGCCUAGGAUAAUCCACCGUGACCUAAAAGCAGCCAAUAUCUUGCUUGAAGCUGAUAUGAACCCUAAAAUUGCAGACUUUGGUUUGGCUAGGAUCUUUAAAGUUGAACAGACAGAGGAUGACACAAACAUAGUAGCGGGAACAUAG